AUGGUUUACUUGAAUACAUACCCCUAGGUCUUCCAAAAACUACUAUCUCUUUAUAGUUCAUCACUGAAAAACUAAAUGGUCACACACACAGAUACGGUACAUAUAUUUAAUAUAGUACAACUUCACUAUUCUUGUAUCAUCUUCAUAUUAUGUCUUCAGUGACUCUAAUUUCAUCCUUCAUUUAACAGAUGUGCAUUUGGGUGACAAAUUAUUGGCCACAGUUACUGACAUGGUUCAGUCAUGUUACCUUGGUCUGCUAAUACGCUUCACGUUUCACCGAAGUCGGAGAGCGUAGCUGCAUCUGCUAUUAAGUUGAAGGACAAAAUCUGGCUUCGUGAGAUUUUGUCCUUCCUCUGUUUGCUUCUACCUUACCGCCUGCCUUGUGCGCAUUCAAAAUAGAUACAAUACUCUUAUACCCAGUUGAAAACCACAGCUGCUUCUGCUAUUCAGUUUUCCGUCCAAACUUUGGCUUCAUCUCUGUUUGCUUCUUCUUUGCCGCCUGCCUUUCCACUCACUUUUCUGUCAAUUGCUAUUUUCAUCAAUGUAGACUACACUCACUUCACUAGAAAGAGCUAGUAAGUCGAAUUCCACUCGAACUUCAGCUUUCUACCUUCAAUGAGCGGUCGGUCAGACUGUCAGAGUAGAGCUCCUUCAGAAGCACGCCAAGACUCUUCCCUCAGUUUUGUUUUCUGCGGCUAAUUCAAAAUUUCAACUUGAAUUUCAAAAUCUACUUCUCUUCCGUUUGCUCCGUUUGCUCACGUUUGGAAGUCAACAUUUUUUUAUUUGGAACGGUGCCGUUUUUGUGCCCUGCUUCAGCCUUGCUGACUUGGCUCAUUUGUCUCCUCACGUUUUUUAUUGUGAGGAGACCGUUCAGGAGCGGUCGUCUGAGGACCGCUCCUGCCCCGUAUCCGAGGCACCGCAAAGAGAUGUGUUGGUAUCCUGAAUGAGUGCUAUGCUAGGCACACCACAGGAACGGGUAUUCAGACUCUGAAAACGAAAAUCUCUGAUCUUACCAAAAGUUUUCAGGAAUAUGGGAUCGCAAGACAGGACGGCGCAAGUAGUUCAUCGCAUCAACAAUUGAGGCGGACAUAUUCCCAUGUUGUCGAGGAUGACUUUGUUGGAUUGGAGGAUGAUGUUGAGAUGCUGGUAAAGCAUCUGUUGAGGGGAGGCGAUCAUGAUCAUGAUCAUGAGAUUGAUCAACGCUUUAGAGUUGUCUCCAUCUGUGGGAUGGGGGGGUUGGGAAAGACAACUCUUGCCCAAAAGGUAUACAAUCACCCUAAAGUGAGGCGCUGCUUUGAUGGCAUUGCUUGGGUAUAUGUAUCACAAACUUGGCAAAAGGAAGACAUAUUGCAACGGAUCUUGCUAAGCCUAAUCCCAGAAAAGAGAGAAGAAAUAGUGAAGUGGAGGGAUGAGGAGCUGGUCAGACAACUUUUUCAAAUCCUGCAAAAUAAGAAAUGUCUUGUGGUUCUUGACGACAUUUGGGCCACAGAACCAUGGGAAUGUAUAAAGCAAGCAUUUCCAAUUAGAAACGACGGAAGCAAGAUCUUAGUUACCUCUCGCAAUAAAGAUGUGGCUUUGCAUAUUGAUCCCAAUGGUUUUCACCACCAACCGCGCUUUUUAAGUGAGGACGAAAGUUGGCAGCUGCUUCAGAGGAAAGCUUUACGGGGCAGGUUUCAUGGAGAACAUGAAGAUUUAAAAAAAUUGGAAAACUUGGGGAAGGAAAUGGUGAAAGCAUGUGGGGGUCUUCCAUUGGCUGUGAUAGUACUCAGCGGAACUCUUGCCACCAAGAAGGACCUGAAUGAGUGGGCGACUGUCAAUAGAAACAUUAAAGCUCAUCUUGGAAGAGGAAACAACUUGAUCAAAGAAGAAGGAAAUCUGCACAAGAUAUUAGCUUUAAGCUACAAUGACUUGCCCUACAAAUUGAAGCCUUGCUUCCUUUACCUGAGUAGAUAUGAAGAAGACUCUGACAUAGGCACAGAGAAAUUGUACCAGUUAUGGAUUGCAGAGGGUAUAAUAUCAACAAAAGAUCAGAUUGGUGAAGAAUCAAUGAUGGAUGUAGCAGAAAGAUACCUGGGAGAAUUAGUAACACGGUGCAUGGUUCAAGGUAAAGCCCCUGAUGAUGAUGAUGUGAUGCUGUCCUCCGCUGGAAGAUCAUUUGCAUCGUGUCGCCUUCAUGACUUAAUGAGAGACCUCAGUUUGGUCAAGGCCAAAGAGGAGAAUUUCUUGUUAUCCAAAAGCUAUUAUCAUGAUGGAAUUCUCAAUGAGUAUGGCAAUAAUGAUCACUCACAAGUUUACCGUCUAGCCGUCCAUUUUUCUAAGGAGGAUGUAAGGAAAUAUGUCCCUCCAGCUGAGAAGAGACAUACUAGGCACCUGAGGUCACUCGCCUUGUUGGUCUCAGGUAAUGAUGGUUAUGAAGGGCGUCUUCCUAAGAAAAUGAAGUCUCAAUUCAAUAAUUUCAAAAUGCUCAGAGUGUUGGCCAUUGAAGGGAUCCGUCCUGCGUUCUCUGAAGAUCGCACACUUAAAAGUGAAUUUCUCCAAGUAGCAGAUCACUUGAGGCUCCCAAAAGCUAUUGGGGAGCUGAUCCACCUGCGAUACUUGAGUUUGAGACGUUCAAUUUUCCUCUGUUUGCCAUCGUCCUUGGGCAACCUACAAAACUUGCAGACACUUGAUUUACGGGCUGGAGUGUGUAGAAUACCUAAUGUUCUUUGGAAGAUGAGACAGCUUAGGCACUUGUAUCUUCCGGCCAAUUACGUGGAGCUAUCCUGGCUCGACAUAGAGGAAGAUCCCAUGGAGACACUGGAAAGGCUUCCUAAUCUACGAUCACUUCACUUGCAAUAUAGAUCUUUUCUCGGCAAAGAGAUGAGGUGCAAGGCAACGGGUUUUGGCCAACUUAGAUUUCUUCGUUUUGAGCGUCUACCGAACUUAGAGAAGUGGAAUGUUGAUGAAGGAGCCAUGCCCAACCUUUCGGUCUUGACGAUUGUAUAUUGCCUAAAUCUGGAGAUGGUUCCCAGUGGAUUGAAAUUCGUUACAACUCUGAAAGAGUUGAACAUUGUGCGGAUGCCAAAGAAAUUCACAGAUAGGAUCCAAGCAACAAAUGGUCAUGAAGAUCAGGGACAGGAUUUUGACAAAGUCUCCCAUAUACCCUCUAUUAAUGUCCGUAAUGUUUCAUCGGACCAAGCAUGGUUGAUCAGUUAGGAUCAAUUUGACGAGCAAGAUUUAUUCACUGCUGGAAUGUGAUACUAUCAAACAUUUGCCAUUUUAGUACGAUAAAGUCGAGCCAAGUUGGACUUGUAUUAAUUAUGUGUCUUGGUGUACGAUCAUUUUUUUUUUUUUUUGGGUCAAAAGUCGAGUCUCCAGUUACUAUACUUGGACUUGUAUUAAUUAUGUGUCUCAUAACUAUGAUUUUCACUCAGCUUAUAGUUUUGCAUGUU